CUUUGCUACGGGCCGGAGAGAGGCCUGGUAGGCACUGCCGCUGAGGCUCGCUCGGCUCGGUGCAAGGGCUCCAGCCCGGCGCGGGGUCCGGGGACCGCUGCCCGCCCGGCCGAGCCCUGCCCGCUCCCAGCGCCUGGGCCGACGAGAUGACCAUUAAGAAGUAGAUGCUCAGAUGUAAAAGUGAUGAAAGAGUCAAUUUGUCAUAACAUAAGAUGCAGCUGUGGCUUUUCAACCAUAUUAAUUUUUUUAGGAACACAAUUUUAUGUAUUUUUCUUCGAAGAGAAUUUCACAAGAGAAAACAGAAAUGAGAGGAAUCUGGUUUAAAUUGCAAUACAAGAAAUCUAGAUUAGACAUAAAGAGUUUCCAGAAAGUAAAGUACCAGCUAUUAAAGUGAUUUAUUGCCAGCAAAGAAAGCAUGGUGUUUUGAAGUAUGAAUAGACUCCUGGUGCUGCAGCAGAGGCUAAGAUUAUUAAUGGCCAGAUCUCACACUCACAUGGUCUUCUGAAGAAGCCAUGGGUAGCUGUUGUAGCUGUCCAGAUAAAGACACUGUCCCAGAUAACCAUCGGAACAAGUUUAAGGUCAUUAAUGUGGAUGAUGAUGGGAAUGAGUUAGGUUCUGGAAUAAUGGAGCUCACAGACACCGAACUGAUUUUAUACACUCGCAAACGUGACUCAGUAAAAUGGCACUACCUCUGCCUGCGACGCUAUGGCUAUGAUUCGAAUCUCUUUUCUUUUGAAAGUGGUCGAAGGUGUCAAACUGGACAAGGAAUUUUUGCCUUCAAGUGUGCCCGUGCAGAAGAAUUAUUUAACAUGCUGCAAGAAAUUAUGCAAAAUAAUAGUAUAAAUGUGGUGGAAGAGCCAGUUGUAGAAAGAAAUAAUCACCAGACAGAAUUGGAAGCACCUAGAACACCUCGAACACCAACAACUCCAGGGUUUGCUGCUCAGAACUUACCUAAUGGAUAUCCCCGCUACCCCUCAUUCGGAGAUGCUUCCUCCCAUCCGUCAAGCAGGCAUCCUUCCGUGGGAAGUGCUCGUCUGCCCUCCGUUGGCGAAGAAUCCACGCAUCCUUUGCUCGUGGCUGAGGAACAAGUGCAUACUUACGUCAAUACUACAGGUGUACAGGAAGAGCGGAAAACCCGCGCCAGUGCGCAUGUGCCCGUGGAGGCAAGGGUUUCUUGUGCCGAAAGCAACACGCCAAAAGAAGAGCCAAGCGGUAUUGAGGACAGGGACCCACAGAUUCUUCUUGAACCCGAAGGAGUCAAAUUUGUCCUAGGCCCCACUCCUGUUCAAAAGCAAUUAAUGGAGAAAGAGAAACUGGAGCAGCUUGGAAGAGAUCAAGUCAGUGGAAGUGGUGCGAAUAACACAGAAUGGGACACUGGCUAUGACAGUGAUGAGCGGAGAGAUACACCCUCUGCUAACAAGCUGGUGUAUGAAAAUAUAAAUGGGCUAUCCAUCCCUAGUGCCUCGGGGGUCAGGAGAGGACGGCUAACAUCCACCAGUACCUCCGACACCCAGAACAUCAACAACUCAGCUCAGAGGAGAACUGCGUUACUAAACUAUGAAAACUUACCAUCUUUGCCUCCAGUUUGGGAAGCCCGCAAACUCAGUAGGGAUGAAGAUGACAGUUUAGGACCAAAGACCCCAUCUCUAAAUGGCUACCAUAAUAAUCUCGAUCCAAUGCAUAACUAUGUCAAUACAGAGAAUGUAACAGUGCCAGCAAGUGCUCACAAAAUAGAAUACUCGAGGCGGAGGGACUGUACCCCAACCGUCUUUAACUUUGACAUCCGACGCCCGAGUUUAGAACACAGGCAGCUCAAUUACAUCCAGGUUGACUUGGAAGGCGGCAGUGACUCAGACAACCCUCAGACUCCCAAAACGCCCACCACCCCCCUCCCGCAGACCCCGACCAGGCGCACAGAGCUGUACGCUGUGAUCGACAUCGAGAGAACUGCUGCUAUGUCCAAUUUGCAGAAGGCACUGCCACGAGAUGAUGGUACGUCAAGGAAAACGAGACACAAUAGUACUGACCUGCCCAUGUGAGCCGGGAGAGCAUUAUGUGCGCGCACCUUUGUGAAGUUUUAUUUUUUAAAGUGAAGAUGCAAGUGCUUCAUUUUUCAUUUCUAGACAUGAAUUCCUUUUAUAUAGACGGAUAAAAAAAUUUUUUUUUCCUUCUGAAUAUUUCAUGUGCUUCUCUAAAGGGAAUUAAUGUAGAGCAGGUACUCGUUAAAGAACACUAAUUUCAUGAUAUAGUACUCAUUAUUGUACAGCAGCACCCCAUUUUCACAGUGCCUAUUUAAAAUGAAAGUUGAAGUGAGUGACAUGCUGGUUGAUUUUUAUCAAUAUUCUGGACUUAUGCAUAUCAUUCAUGUCUGAGUCGUGGCAUUUAGAACAUUUUAUAAAACCUCUUGAUAAUGUGCAUUGCUAAGAGAUAACUCUAGGCUUUGAAAAGAAUAUUUGUUGAUUAACUAUUCAGGGUAUGUGGCCUCUGACACGUAACAUGAGGAAUUGCUUAUUUCAUUAGUUACCAGCUUUUGGACUUGAGCCAAAACCUACGUAAAGAAACAAAAAGUACCACACCUCCUAUAGUCCAGGCAGUUCCGUUGCCUUCAGCGGUACUAGAAAGUUUUGUGUCCAUGUAUGUGGUUCACUGUUGGUGGGUUGAAAGGCAGAAAAUUUUCUGUUUACUCAUCUCACGAUGUAUGUGAAGAGCAUGCCCAGAUCUCUUAAUCAGAAUUACAGUAGGCUCAAGAAUCAGUCUCAGGUCACUUUACCCAAAAACUUUUGAAAAUCUAAGCCAGGAUCUCUCUAAAGGAUCUCUCUUUUCCUUUAGGUGAUGAUUCAUAAAAUUGUUUUUUGGAGGCCUUUGUGCCAUUAGGUUUCCACUUUCAGUUUCCUUUGGUGUUUGGGAUGUCUUGUUUGUUGCUUAAUUUUUUUUUUCCAAUUUAAGAUGUUUGUGUUUGUAUAUACUUUUGAAAUUGAAUUAUGUGUUCAUUGUUAUUUAGUUUGCAUUUUUGUCAAAUUGUGGUUUUGAAGGUUCAUUUGGAACUUACUGUUAGUCUAUAACAGGGUUGCCCUUGUCCAGUAUUUAUUUAUAUGCUGUUUACUUUUCACGUUGAUAAAAGCAUUCUCUCCAUUUUCAAGUUCACUUGUGUCCAGAAAUGAUCUCAAAAAAAAAAAAAAACGCAGCUUCUUUCCAGACAAGUUCCCGAAGGUACUGUUUCUCGGUGGGCACUCUCCCCAGCACUUUAGCACUGAGUCCCUCAGUCACGCGCUGCAGCUGUACUCUGCCCACUGCCGUGCACCUCGGCGCUGCUCUCCUUUUGCUCUGGCCGGAUCUUUGACUAGCCCUUGUUUUCAACGUUCAGAUUAUUGCCCGCAUAGCAGGUAUAGUGGAAAUCUUGUAGCAAUGAGAUUGUGUCAUAAUUUAGGAGUUAACGUUCAUUGAAGUUACAUAAACCAAUGAGAGUCCAUGUGUCUAACUCUUGGAAAAUCAAGAAUGUUCCAGUUUCCCAUACAUUAGAGAAGACAAAAGAAAGUAGAGUAGAAAGAAUGUUAGGUAACCUGGUAAAAUAGUUUAUUGUUUUCUUGAAGUAUAAGGAAGUUUGAGAUUAUGAUCUGUAUCUAGCAGAUGUAACUAAGGGUAUUUUAGCAUGAAAGUAUGUCAUAGAGAAUCCAACCUGUUCAAUAAACAAUCUAGUUCUAGGACAGUAAAUGGAUUAGCAGAACUAUAGAGUGGGACCAUUAUGUAAAGAAAAUAAAUUAUUAAAAGUGUCUAUCAUUUUCAGUGCCAUUGGUUUAUAUGCAUAGCAGAAUUCCCCUCCCCCCCUUUUUUUUGUGAACUUGGUGCUUACUGAAGUGUUCACUGUUGUCUAAAAAGAGCAAUGGCAUAGGUGUGCUGUUUCCAUUUUUAAUAUAUUGUUCCAUUUACGCUUUCUUCAGAGUAGAUUGCUAAUUGUGCCAAAUUUAUGUGAAGACUUUUGUAAUGUGGAAUGAGAAUUAGGAUGGAACCAGUACACAUGGUUUUCUUCAAGACAGAACAUCCAUCUCCAAAUGAAAGGGCUGACCUAUUGAUUCAUUUUGGAGAUUGGAUACUUUCUAUUAUUUCUUUGCCUCAUCCUUUUCCAUUUUCCACUCCAGUUUCUAAUUAGUGUUUAUAUUCCUUUAGGUGACUCCAAUAUACUCAAUACAGUUUAUGCUUUAAAUACUAUGUGCUUUAAAAAUGAAAAUGGGACCAAUUUGUCUUCUAAGAAUUCAAUAUUAGGUACUGCAAGUAUUAGGAAGAUGUGUGCAACUGGUGUUAAUUUUUAGGUGGCUUCUGGAAAUCACCUGUGUUCUGACACAGUAAAAAGUAAUGUAGAACACUCCGCAUCCUUUGCAGUAGUCCGGUCAUGGGCAUUAAGCUCUAUCCUGGAAGAAUGUACCUAAUAUUGGGUGCAUUUUAGAAUGAGAUAUUUUAUUGGCAUAUAGUUGUGGCCAUACAUCUCAGAUUUUCUCUAAUUUUAGUUACGCUUUUCUGUUGAUAGACCACAUAUAUGAUCCCACGUUUUGGUUUUAGAAAUAUAAUCAUUGUUUUUCUGCCCUGCCCACUCCCCCCCCCCCCCCGCCUCCCAGUAGAACCCUUUAUCCAUAUAAA